AAUCGAUCUCUGAAGAUGCCGGGGCCAAGGGUACUCUCGGUGCUAGAUACUGCAAAAAUACAAUACUACCAUUUCCAAGCGAUUAUCAUCGCAGGAAUGGGCUUGUUUACCGAUGCUUAUGAUCUUUUCUGCAUAUCGCCGAUCAUGAAAUUGAUCGGUGCACUCUAUUACGAUGGGAAGGAAAACAGGUUGGGUGUUCUUCCAGCCCUUGUCGUGUCAGCUACUAUCGGAAUUCCACUUUUGGGCACUGUGGUGGGCCAGCUCGUCUUCGGUUGGCUCGGCGACCGCAUCGGUCGGAGGCGGGUCUAUGGCCUUGCGCUCAUGCUCAUGGUGUUCAGCUCGAUUGGAUGCGGGUUCUCAAUAUGUAAGACCAAGAUAUGCGUCUUGACGAGCCUUUCCUUCUUUCGGUUUUUGCUUGGGGUAGGCAUCGGUGGGGAUUAUCCAUUAUCGGCAACGAUCAUGUCCGAAUUCGCUAAUAAGAGGACACGUGGAUCAUUCAUAGCCGCUGUAUUCUCAAUGCAGGGCUUUGGGAUCCUCGUCGGCUCGGCAGUCACUAUGAUUGUUUGCACAGUGUUCGAUCGCAUACCAAGAUCACCAUCCGAACCAGCGGGUCCGAAACCGCCCGGUGAGGCGGAUUUGGCAUGGAGGGUGAUCCUGAUGCUUGGUGCAGUCCCAGCUAUGCUAACAUAUUACUGGCGGAUGAUGAUGCCCGAAACUGCUAGAUACACGGCAUUGGUAGAGAAUAACAUCCCACAAGCAGUCAGAGACAUGGAGAAGGUGUUCGACAGGUCUCUGCUUGAGAUCGCAGAAGAGUCCGAUUCCCGGCCAGAACCUCAGCUUGCAGAAGAGUCCGAUUGCCCGCCGGAACAACCGUCCUACGGCCUUUUCUCUAAACAGUUCGUCCGUCAGCAUGGACGCGAUCUAUUCGCCUCCGCGACUGCAUGGUUUCUGGUCGAUGUAAUUUUCUACACUAUCAACCUUUUACAGUCACUAAUCUAUAAAGCUGAGUUUGACAAGAAAGAUCGACCUAAUGCCUAUCAUGCAGCCUUCCAUGUCGCGGAACUCCAGGCGAUCAUCGCCAUUGCUUCGACGAUCCCCGGAUACUGGGCCUCUGUCCUUUUCAUCGAUCGUGUGGGGAGAGUGAAGAUCCAGAUCAUGGGUUUCCUCAUCAUGUCCAUUUGCUUGUUUGUCAUAGGUGGCCUGUAUGACAAUCAUUGGAGCAAGCGCCUAGACCCGGGGUUUUACAUUCUCCUAGCGCUCACGUUCUUCUUCUCGAAUUUUGGUCCGAACACGACCACAUUCAUCGUGCCGGCAGAGCUCUUCCCAGCGAGGUUCCGAUCAACGUGCCAUGGUAUAAGUGGGGCUGCUGGGAAGUUGGGGGCCAUCAUAGGGACUGUUGGAUUCUUGUGGGCCUCUCAAAGUAGCGAUAAGAAAGAUAUUACAGACCCUGGUUAUAAGCCUGGGAUUGGUAUGCCACGUUCUUUGAUGAUUCUAGGGGGUGUUGGUGUUACAGGGGCUGUCUUCACCUAUUUUUUCACACCUGAAACUAAAGGGAUAUCAUUGGAAGAUAAUGAAACCCAAGUGGGGCCCAGUAAAGUGGAGCUCAUAAGGUCUUCUAGCAUUAAUACAAGUGGGCCCAUUCAUCCUGUCCAUUAGAUCUCUCUCUCUCUCUCUCUCAAAGACUUCCUUGUCUCCCUGUAAUACAUAUUCAGUUUUAUGAGAAUGUCGAUGCAUGUACAAUGGAUUCCUAGUGAAAAAAUAAUAGUUGUAAUUAUGGCUUGCUCUAUUAAAAGAAGUUUUUGAAGCGUGUUUGGAUGCAC